AUGGAGCGCGGGGAGCCCGCCUCGGACAGCGCUGGGGACGAGCGCGCGGACGCCCAGGUAGGUGGGACAGUGGGUGGAGUCGGUGUGGGGACCGUCGCGAGGGCCCGAAGUGGGAGGAACGGGGCGGACAGUGUGGGGACCAUGGUGCGGGCCCCGAAAUGGGCGGGAAAGGGGGGACAGUGUGGGGACCAGCGAGCGGACCCCGAGGUGGACGGGAUGGGGGGACAGUGCGCGGGCUCCGAGGUGGGCAGGACAGUGGGGAAAGUGUGGGGACUAUUGCGCGGGCUCGAAGUGGGCGCAAUGGGGCGGGAGGGACAGUGUGGGGACCAGCGCACGAUCCCUGAGGACAGGGAACCCUUCGUCACCUAUGUCCGGAGCAUACUCUCAGAGCUCUACCUGCCCUUUGAGGCCACGGCAGCCACAGUUCUUGGGCAGCUGGUCAAUGUGGCUGAGGGGCAGCGUCCCAGUGAAAUCACAGACUUUGUCAUCUCAGCCAGGAGGACCCUGCAACAUCUGAGACAGGCGGCCUGUGCCCAGCACCCCACCUGCAGAGCCCUCCCAGAGGGCUGGCCACUGUGUGUCCACGGAAAGGUGGUGGUGCAGCUGGUAGCCCUCCAUAGAGUCCGGCUCAGGCCUGGUGACUUCUACCUACAUGUGGCAGCAGGAGGCCAGCACUUGGCCAGGCUGGUCCUGACCUGCCUGUCCCAGCGAGGACGGGACACAGAGCACAUCACUGUCCCUGAGGCUAUGUAUGGCCAGGUCUUCACAGGAGGAUUUCUGGAAGGGGUGAGUGCCCAGAGGAGAAGAGCCCCACUACAGAGCUGCCUGCUGACCACCGGCACUGCCAUCCACCGGGUUGCAUGGCGCAGCAUCACAGACCCUCCGCCUGCCCUGCAGGGCCAGCCCCAGCCUGGCCAGCCACCACUCUGCCACACGCAGGAAGCCCUGGUUGCAGCGGACCCCCACUCCUUGAUCCUAGGAGUCCCAUCAGCCCCCUGUGGCAGCUCAGAUGGAGAACUGGAAGGCCCAGAGGCAGGGCUAGGGUCCUCGGGAAGGGGCAGCCCUGAGGCUGUCUAUCCUAAUCGGUCCAGCCCUUGCCCCGGGGGCCGCUGGUUCCGGAUGUCUUAUGUGGAAGCUCUUAGAAACCCUGUACCUCUGGGCUGCAGCUCUGAGGACUCCCUGCUGGAUAAGACUGGGGAUGCUGCAGCCGGACAGUUGGCCCAGGGUAGCAGGCCCAGGGCAGCUGCCAGUCCAGGGCCGAGGGACUUCGCUGACCAUCAGGCCCCCUGGGAGAGCCACCUGCCCACAGACAGGGUGAGGAUGGUGACCAGGAGGUUGAGAUCCUGGGACAAAGCCCCCAAGAACUCACGCAGCAGAGAGCCUGAGGCCCAACAGGAAUCUGGAGAGGAGGAUGGCGUCCCCUGUGAGGGCCCCUCUGGAGUGAGGACAGCACCACCUCCCGAGGACAGGGGCCAAGUGCCUUCUCUGACCAGAAGCCCAAGCUGUGUCCCAGAGACCGAGCUCAGGGCACCCAGCCAGGUGCUGCUGCAGUCAGGGGCUGUGACCCUCCCAGGGACCCGGGACCGUGGUGGCCGGGCAGUGGUGCAGGUGUGCAUGGGAGGCCCGCUGUGGACCAGCGAGCUCACCUGCAGUGCAGAACUGACCUGUCUGCUGAUGUACCUGCACAGUAUCCCCAGGAAAGAGGUGCAAGACCUGGGGUUGGUCGUCUUGGUUGACACGCGGAAGGGCCCAGUAACCCCUGUUCUCUCCCAGGCCCUUGAAACCCUACAGAACACAGUGCCUUCCAUAAUUCACAGUAUUGUGCUGUUGGUGGAUAAAGAAUCAGCAGUUAAGCCUGAGAAGGGUGCAGAACUCCAGUGUGAGGUGGUAAGCUCCCUGAAGGCUUUACACAAGCUCAUUGACAGCUCCCAGCUGACCACAGAACUCGAUGGCUCCUUUCCCUACAGCCACAGUGACUGGAUCUGCUUUCGAAGGAAGCUGGAAUCCUUCACAAGCAACUGCAAACAAGCUAUUGAUUUCCUGAAAAAUGCAGUCUGUUGCUUAAAAACUCACAGAACCUUAAGUACAAAACAGGAGGUCACAGAGGUCAUCAGCACACACAGGGCCAUGAUGAAGUUUGUCUUGGAAAAUGCUCCGUUGGUCACCCUUAGACUGCAGGGUGGUGCCAUCCUGGCAAGGCUGAAGAAGGAGGAUCUGGGCACCACUGAGGAUGGCCGGGAUGCCAUCGAGGCCGCAGCCAGGCUGUAUGAGCAUGUGGACGAGGAGGUGCACAGGCUGGUCCUCUCAUCCAAUACAUGUCUGCAGUGGCUGGAAGGACUGCAGGCCAGGUGGAAAGCUGAGUGGCCAGCCCAGGUAGCUGUUUGGGAAACAUCCCACUGGGAAUGCAGACAACACCUGGCCCCUGAAGCUCCAUCUUCCUUGCUGGACACUGGGGAUUUGAGGAAUGGCUGCCACGCUGCCACCACAGGACAGCUAAGGUCAGGUAGCCAGUGUGAGCUGCAGCCACAUCAUGUCAGGUGGUCACAGGGCCAGCAUGCCAGCUGCUACCUGGAGACACCCCGCCCUGCAGCCACGUCCAGCCCUACCUCGCAGCCUUUCCCCCGGGAGGCCCAGCCCUCUGGCCAAGAUAAUGUGAGGACACAGGAGAGCAUGCAUGUGAGCCCAGGUGUGCCUGCUCUAAAGGACACGCUGCCCUUGCUGGGGGCUCCCCAGGACCAUGGCUCCCUCUGCCACCCUGAGCCCACCUGGGCCCCAAGCCUCCACCUCAGGAAGUACCCCCUGAAGAAGAUUAUGAAGAAAGCACAGAACUGUAAGAAAACCAAAUAUGCUGACCUCAGGGAGCCGCAGCAACCUGGACACACUGGGGUGCAUAGCAGAGGUCUGGAAGUGACCAACACAGUGGCAGCUGAGACUCCCCUGCCACCCCAGCACCACAGCUUGUCCUCGCCAUCCAGGGUCUACCACUCUGAAGGGGACAGAAGGCCACACACAGGAAGCCGCCUGCAUCACAUAAUGGCCGAGAUGGUCUCCACAGAGAGAGAGUACGUCAAGUCCUUAGGGUACGUGGUGGAGAACUACUUUCCAGAAAUGGAGAGGAUGGAUCUGCCCCAGGAUCUGCGUGGAAAACGCGGCACCAUCUUUGGGAACCUGGAGAAGCUCCAUGACUUCCACGUCCAGCACUUCCUCAGGGAGCUGGAGCGCUGCCGGCUCUGCCCGCUGGCUGUGGGCUGCUGCUUCCUGAAACACGAGGAGCAGUUCAGCAUGUACGCGCUCUACACCAAAAACAAGCCACGCUCCGACGCUCUGCUCAGCAGCCACGGCAAUGCCUUCUUUAAGGCCAAGCAGCAGGCCCUGGGCGACAAGAUGGACCUGGCCUCUUACCUGCUGAAGCCGGUGCAGCGCAUGAGCAAAUACGCACUGCUGCUUAAGGAUCUGGUCAAGGAGGCGAGCCGCAGCCCUGCCCGGGAGGAGGAGCUCAGCCAGCUGCGGGCCGCCGAGGACAUGGUGCGCUUCCAGCUGCGCCACGGAAACGACCUGCUGGCCAUGGACGCGGUGCGCGGCUGCGACGUAAACCUGAAGGAGCAGGGGCCCCUCCGGUGCCAGGACAGGUUUGUCGUCUGCCGUGGCCGGAGGAAGUACCUGCGGCAGGUGUUCCUCUUCGAGGACCUCAUCUUGUUCAGCAAAACCAAGAAGGUGGACGGUGGCUACGACGUUUAUAUGUAUAAGCAGUCCUUCAAGACGGCUGAGAUCGGAAUGACUGAGAACGUGGGCAGCAGUGGUCUGCACUUCGAGAUCUGGUUCCGUCGGCUGCGGCGGCGAUCUCAGGACAACUACAUCCUGCAGGCGAGCUCGGCAGAGGUGAAGGCCACCUGGACCAGCAUCAUCUCGAGGAUCCUGUGGAGGCAGGCCCUGCGGAACCGAGAACUCAGGAUCCAGGAAAUGGUAUCUAUGGGUCUCGGCAAUAAGCCAUUCAUGGACAUUAAACCCAGUGAUGCUGCCAUAAGUGACCGGGCCAUCGAUUAUACUGUGAAAGGGGCAGAGUCUCGGUCACGCGCAUCCAUUGCCGUGUCCUCAUUUGACCAUGAAACCACCUUCAAGAGGCCCCACUCCACCGUCUCGGACAGCAGCUCCUCUUCAUCCAGUAGCCAAUCCUCCUCUGUCCUGGGCUCACUGAACCUGCACGUGUACCCCGUGUACCCCGCUCCCCCAGGCUUGCCUGCCCGCUGCCCCUGGCCCUAUGACGUCAAAGCCUGCAUCAAGGAAGAUGAGCUGGAGCCGGAGCCUGGGAGCCAGCCCUCGAUGAGUAACCCAACCAUCAACGGCUACAUCCAAAUGGGCAUCAGCCGCAGACACUUCCUGCUUUUCAGACGAGGUGGUCCCUUCACUCAGCCUUAG